UCUGGAAGUCUCCGAAGUAAGAGGUUGUGUGGCAGCUGUACUGAGAAGAAUUACCACAAUGAUUCGUUCACUACUUGGGAUGAUCUGCUUCUUACUGCUGUGUUUGUGGCUUCAAGCAGCGCCCACUGCCCCUUCAUCUGCCCUAUUGUCUACAAGCCGGUGUGCGGAACUGACAACAACACUUACAACAAUUACUGUCAGCUUCAGCAAGUAGCCUGUAGGACCAACGUACUGAAGCAGCAUAAUGGUCCCUGUAAGAAGAAAGAGUGUCCUAAGUUCUGUACCCUGGAGUAUGAGCCAGUGUGUGGCACGGAUGGCAAGACGUAUGGCAACCUAUGUCAGCUUCGAGGAGCUGCCUGCGACAACCCUUAUCUCAGGCUAAGAGUCGCCCACCGUGGGCCAUGUUACUAGAAACCAUCCAUCAACACAAGACCUUCCUGGACGCCUAUGGCAGGUUUCAGCUAGUGGUGACGUCAUAGGAGUAAGUCAGCCAGACAGCUCUCCCCAAACAACGUAGCUUCUGGCCACAACUUAAAACAUCUUUUGAUAAAUCUUAAUAAACUCUCCUUUUGGGUCAUAUA